AUUAAAUAAAUAAUUAAUAUUAAUCUUCCAUGUCAUGAUAAAAAAAGAUAAGAAAGUUUAAAAUAUCUAUCUCCACUCCACAAUGAUUUUUGCUAUGCAUUCACAGUGGAUUAGAUCAAACACCCACUCAACAUUGAUUGAUAUAAGUUGAUAACAGGGUCCAAAUAGUAAGUAUAAAAGCUUACGGCUGGGAAUAAGUAGUAUAACCCCAUAAGUUGCUUUCUGGGACUGGGACUGGGACUGGGACUGGGACACUCACGAGAUGAGUCAUGAGUGUAGUUGUAGUACCAGUGGCCGCACUCACUCACUAAACCUCUACACCGGCUCCACGCGCAUGAGCUCAGUCAGAGUCAUGGUCACAUGAUCCUGACCCUCUUAUUCUAAUGCACUUCACUCCCUUUACAUUCAAUACACCAAACCAUUUACUCCAUCUCUUUCAUUGCGGCAUUUCAUCAAACACUCACCAGGCAUCAUCAUCAUCAUCAGCAGUCCAUUCCAUGGCGUUCCCACCGGCGGCGCUGGUGGCGCUCCACCUCCUUCUCCUUCCAUCGCGUUCCUUCUCCUUCUCUGAAGACGAGGCGUGCCUCUCCAACCUCCACCGUUCUAUGGAAGACCCAACCAAUAGUCUCCACAACUGGACGAGCUCCACCUUCUCCUCAUCUUGCAACAACGGCCAGUUGUCCUUUCUCCAGGGCAUCACCUGCAACAACGGCCGCAUCUACAAGCUCUCCCUCCCUAACCUCUCGCUCUCUGGUUCAAUCUCUCCAUUCAUCUCCAACUGCACUAAUCUCCAGUCUCUCGACCUCUCCUCCAACUCCCUCACUGGGCCUAUCCCUCCUGAACUCUCUCUUCUCCUCAAUCUCGCCGUCCUCAACCUCUCCUCCAAUCUCCUCUCUGGCUUCAUCCCUCCUCAACUCGCCCUUUGCGCCUACCUCAACGUCAUCGACCUUCACUCCAACCUCCUCACCGGCCCCAUCCCCGACCAACUCGGUCUCCUCGUCCGCCUCUCCGCCUUCGACGUCUCCAACAACCGUCUCCAAGGACCCAUCCCUUCUCUCCUCUCCAACCGCAGCGGCACUGCCUUGCCGCGUUUCAAUGCCAGCUCUUUCACCGGAAACCGCGGCCUUUACGGUUUCCCCUUGCCACCCUUGAGAAACCGAGGCCUUUCCGUCCUCGCCAUCGUCGGGAUUGGCCUUGGCAGCGGCUUACUGAGCUUGGUUCUCAGCUUCACCGCCGUUUGCAUUUGGCUCCGGGUCACUGAGAAGGAAGGGAUGAUGCCUGGUGAGGAUGGUAAGAUCUCUCAUCUCAUGCCUGACUAUUGAUUUCCAUGCCUUCUCUCCA